AUGCCGUCAGGCGUUGUGUUUGUCAUUUGCAUUCCAUCAAGUAAUUAUGAGCAUAUUCUUAGAUUUGGAAAAUCGAAAAAUACAUCUCCAGUAGAAGUGCCUUCGACAUUCAAGCCUUAUCAUUUAGAAGUCGAGUUACGAAAUAAAAAGGCUAAAAACCUGCCAAUUCGUAUAACACAACAAUAUUCCAAUGAAGCAUUUAGUACAACUUUGGAUAAAAUCAACGAGGAUGAUGAAAUUUUCAGCAUGGAAAGCAUAUUACAAGAGCUCUUAAAUAAGAUGCAUGUGGAACAAGUUGUAUGGACGAGUGAUAAAACUGGGAAUUACUUUGAAAUCAUCUUCCCAUUGUCAACUGGUGAUAAAUGUGAGACGAUGUUGCAUUGCCUUACCGAACUUGGAAUUGGGGUCCAUUACAAGUCUAUAGUGAGUGUAGUUCCAUGUAAUGUUGUACACUCAGCAAUUGACAAUGAGGAUGAUGAGGAGACCAUAUUGUAACACAAAACUGAAGAGGCGAAACGUUGGCGCAACUUUGUGGAGUCAAUCCGGUCGAAACUAACUGUGAGACAGGUGGUCGAUGGCGUCAGAAGUGGUGGAGAAUUAUCAUUCGAUUAUCUGACUUUAAUUAUUACUGCUGACUCCCUCGCUGCUCUGGGGUUAGUUGAAAAUAACUCAUCAAAUAUAGUUGCGGCUAUGUUGGUAUCGCCUCUAAUGGGUCCAGUAAUGUCUAUCACAUUCGGAACCAUAAUUGCUGAUAGAAGUCUCGUAAAGAGUGGAUUCGAAAGUUUAGUUUUGGGCAUGCUUCUUUCAUUGCUGUUUGGAUUCAUAUUUGGAUUAAUAUUGGGUACAACUGAAAUGCCUUGGGGCUUUGGAGACUGGCCGACAGAGGAAAUGAAAUCACGUGGCAAUGUGCGUUCAUUGUGGAUGGGAGUGCUAUGGGCUCUAACGUCAGGCACUGGAGUAGCCCUAGCACUACUCCAGGGCAGUGCGGGACCACUCAUCGGUAUAGCAAUAUCUGCGUCAUUGUUACCGCCCGUGGUGAACUGUGGUUUAUUUUGGGCCCUAGCUUGUAUUUGGCUGUUAUAUCCUGAGGUUAAGAUUCCUCACAUUAAAGGAGAAGUAUAUUAUGGCAACACCACCUAUGAACCGUUGUACCAUGAUUACAUGCCUAUAGAAUUCGCUGUUAAUGGAAUCGUGAGUUGCUGCCUCACUAUAGUGAACGUUAUUUGCAUAUUUAUAACUGCAAUAAUAUUCCUCAAAAUAAAAGAGGUUGCAGCACCUUAUACGUCAACUCCAGAAUUAAGACGGUUCUGGGAGCAAGACAUCAAAAUCGCUCGGGAUGCCAACAGAGCGAAUAUGCAGCGAGCGGAAGCAGAAGAACGCGCUGAAUUGGUUCUAGAAGAUUUUAAUCAGACAGAUAUAGUGAAAGAAAAAUUGGAAGCUGCAGUUAAAGAAGCAUUGGACGACGAAACUUACAGAAUGGUUAAAAGAAUGAGCUAUCAAAGCCAUAACGCUGAUGAGGUGAUACGUACUAUUGGGCUGCAAUCUCAAACUCCUGCUUCAAAACGUUCCAGCCUUAAUAACACGGGUGCAUCAUCACCCAAUUAUACACAUUGUAGAACAUCUAAUGUUGAAGAUAUAGCAGCUCUUGACAAACUGCUAACUUCACUGCUGGGAAUGAAAGAGAACAAAAGACUCCGGGGUACGCCCGGUUCCAGUAGAAUGUCUAUAGCGACAGGUCACAAUAGGCGCAUAGAAUCAUGGUCAGAUAAAAUAUUGGAGAACUCAAUAGUGAGCAGUGUGUUGAAUAACUUGAAAUCUAAGAGAUAUUCGGCAGUAGACGAACCAUUUUUGACGCCCAAUUAACCAGCAUACCUAAUGCCCACAUGGAAUCAAUGUUAAGGAAUGGGAUAUUAGAAUUCUCUUAUACACUUGUGACUACAUACAUUAGUUUAUUACCAAGUAAAUACAUUUGUAA